AUGGACAAAACCCUCCGAGUCGCCUUUGGCGUGUGCACCACUCUGCUUUUGCUGGGGAAACCGAACUGGAUAGGUGAGAAAAGAAAACUCGUCUUGAAUUCUGUGACCCAGUUUACAAAAGCUCUUCCUUUGCGAUGCUGAAGGCCUCAGGUUCAGUCAGAAGCCUCUCCUCUGUGUGUUGCACGCUAAGGCCAGAAGCUGAAAUGGAGGUGCAGGACAGGAAGGUGCCAGGCAUGAUGGAUAAUAGAAUUGUAGUGUUGGAAGGGAUCCUAAGGGUCAUCUAGUCCAAGCCGGGACGGGUUGGGACGAUAUGGGAUUGGGGGGGCAGCUCCCAUCUCUUGCGGGGGUGCAAUUCAUGCCAGCACCGUCCAUUAAGAGUUUGGGUGUAAUCUUCGACACCUCCCUUUCCAUGGAGGCGCAGAUUGCAGCUAUAACAAAGGAGGCAUUUUUUCAUCUCUGCCAAGCUAAGCAGUUGGCUCCUUACCUCUCUCGCCCUUACCUAGCCACUGUGAUCCCCCCGACGGUCACCUCCAGACUUAAUUAUUGCAACUCACUCUACAUGGGGUUGCCCUUGAGACUGACCCAGAAACUCCAGCGGGUGCAGAAUGCUGCAGCGAGACUCCUUAAGGGGUCCUCGCAGUGGGAUCACAUUCACCCGGUGUUAUACCAGCUGCACUGGCUCCCAGUGGAGUAUAGGAUCAGGUUUAAGGUGCUGGUUUUAACCUUUAAAGCCCUAUACAGCUGAGGAGCCUCGUACCUACGGCACCGCCUCUCCUGGUAUGUCCCAUGGAGGACCUUACGGUCUUCAAACAAAAACAUCUUGGGGGUCCCAGGCCACAGAGAGGUUAGGCUGGCCUCAACCAGAGCUAGGGCUUUUUCGGCUGUGGCUCCAGUCUGGUGGAAUGCUCUGUCACAAGAGACUAGGGCCCUGCAGGACUUGACAUCUUUCCGCAGGGCCUAGAAGACAGAGCUGUUCCACCAGGCCUUUGGCCAGGGCACAGCCUGACCCCCUCCUUUGGCAAUCCUCACAGAACUGUAGCCCAUUGUUUGCCUUUAAUCUGAUUUGAACUGAUUUUAUAAUGAAAUGAUUUUAGAAUGUUGUAUCAUUUUACUGUUGUUAGCCGCUCUGACCCCGGUUUCGGCUGGGGAGGGCGGGAUAUAAAUAAAUUAUUAUUAUUAUUAUUAUUAUUAUUAUUAUUAUUAUUAUUACUAAGCCCCAGAUGCGGGUGGCGCUGUAGGUUAAACCACAGAGCCUAGGACUUGCCGAUCAGAAGGUCGGCGGUUCGAAUCUCCGCGAUGGGGUGAGCUCCUGUUGCUCGGUCCCAGCUCCUGCCAACCUAGCAGUUCGAAAGCACGUCAAAGUGCAAGUAGAUAAAUAGGUACCGCUCUGGUGGGAAGGUAAACGGUGUUUCCAUGCGCUGCUCUGGUUCACCAGAAGCGGCUUAGUCAUGCUGGCCACAUGACCCGGAAGCUGUACGCCGGCUCCCUCGGCCAAUAAAGCGAGAUGAGCGCCGCAACCCCAGAGUCGGUCACCUCUGGACCUAAUGGUCAGGGGUCCCUUUAUCUUUACCUUUAAUGCAGCAAUUGCAGCUAAAGAAUCCCAGACAAAUGGUCAUCCAAAAACACCCAAUGAAGGACAGCCCGCCACCUUCCAAUGCACUCUAAACAUAUGGAAUUCCCUGCCACAAGAUUCAUCAACAGAUCCUAGUCUGACUCAGCAUCCUACGUCUUAAGAGAUGGGCUGUAAGUCAGUGGUUAGCACAUCUGCUUUGCAUGCAGAAGGUCCUAGAUUCAACCCGCCAAGCAGGGCUGAGAGAGAGACAGAGUCCCAUCUGAAAUUCUGGAGAGAGCUGCUGCCUGUCAAUGUAGACAACACUGAACUAGAUAGACUAAAGCUCUGACUCACUAUAAGGCAGCUUUCUAUGUUUGUGAGCUCCUGGAGCCUCUAUAUCUGACCUUGUAAGCAGAAUGUUGGACCAUAUGGUUUGAUUCAGGAAGCGGUUCCUUAAAACUUCCAGCUGUCUUUGGGAAAUCCUCAGCACACCUGAGGCCAUACCAUUUCAGAGGGCAGGUGGAGGGCCGCAAACCUGUCCCUGUGGCACAAAGGAAGGAAGAAAAUGUACCUCCCUGCAUGUAGAAUAUUAGCACCUCAGGAUGAAGGGUGCGUUAGAAACCUUCCAUAAUCAGGGAAGCUUUAAAAUGUGGGAUUAUUCAGAUCCUAUUCACCAUAAAGGUAAAAGGUAAAGGGCCUCUGGAUGGUUAAAAAGGGUUAAGGUACCCCAUACCGUUAGGUCCAGUCGUGGCCGACUCUGGGGUUGCAGCGCUCAUCUUGCUUUACUGGCCGAGGGAGCUAGAGUACAGCUUCCGGUUCAUGUGGCCAGCAUGACUAAGCCGCUUCUGGCGAACCAGAGCAGUGCACGGAAACGCCGUUUACCUUCCCGCCGGAGCGGUACCUAUUUAUCUACUUGCACUUUGAUGUGCUUUCGAACUGCUAGAUGGGCAGGAGCUGGGACCGAACAACGGGAGCUCACUCCAUCGCGGGGAUUCAAACCACCAACCUUCCAAUCAGCAAGCCCAAGAGGCUCAGUGGUUUAGACCACAGUGCCACCUGCUCCCAUCCAUGACCAACAUGAAUAAUAACAAAAAUAUGCUGUGCUUUAAAGUCCUAGCAAUUACCUUGAAGACUGACUCAGAUAUUCUGUUUGCAAAUUCAAAUAUAAAGUCUUGUUUAUCUUGCCGAAAGCAAAGUUUUUUUUCUUGGGGGUGGGGUGGGGAGUGAAAAUCUGAUUUCAAUAACUGUUUUGAGCAGAUCGGCUUAACAAAAUUAUCUUUAUUAACUUCCCUGCCACCCCCAAGAGAGAAGGUUUUGAUUUAUUGAGGCAGGUUUUGCGAAGCUCAUUUCCACGCAGCUGCAGUGAAAAUGGUACAAAGUGUUUUACUUUGAUCUAGUUGUUCUGCGGGAAAUUUUCAUAAUUGGCAGCUCCACGGAUCUCUGGGAAGUUUGAACUUUGAAGAAUUUACGAUGCUGCCAUUCUAGGGGUAAAAGUCCAGCUUAGUUUGCUAUUCUCCCAGAAUUAGAAAACUGCUCUGUUGUUUUUCUCUGUGUGCCAAAAUACGUUUUUGACGCUUGGCUCGAGAGUUUACUUCCCAGAGGAGCUCCUCUUGCUGUUUGAUGGAUGGCAUUUGCCAAAAACAUUUGAACAGAGGUGGGAGAUCUGCCAGGAAGGGGCUAGGGAGACUGGGAGAUGGGAAGAGGGCCAUAGCUCAUUGUUAUGGCACCUGCUUUGCCUGCGCAAGGUCCUGGGUUCAAUCCCCAACAUCUCCAGGUAGGACUGCGAGAGAGACCUCUGCCUGAAAUGCUGGAGAGCUGCUGCCAGUCAGUGUAGACAGCGCUGAGCUAUGUGGACAAAUGGUGUGAUUCAGUACAAGUCUGCUUCCUAUGUCCCUGUUCCUUGGACCAGGCUGGUUGCCGUAUAUUGGCCUGGGCACUGUCUUCUUCUGCAUCUUCUUUAAUAAGUUGUAACCUUAAAGGUAAAGGUAAAGGGACCCCUGACCAUUAGGUCCAGUCGUGACCAACUCUGGGGUUGCGGCGCUCAUCUCGCUUUAUUGGCCAAGGGAGCCGGCGUACAGCUUCCAGGUCAUGUUGCCAGCAUGACUAAGCCGCUUCUGGCGAACCAGAGCAGUGCAUGGAAAUGCCGUUUACCUUCCCGCCGGAGUGGUACCUAUUUAUCUACUUGCAUUUUGACAUGCUUUCGAACUGCUAGGUUGGCAGGAGCAGGGACCGAGCAACGGGAGCUCACCCCGUCACGGGGAUUCAAACCGCCGACCUUCUGAUCGGCAAGUCCUAGGCUCUGUAGUUUAACCCACAGCGCCACCCGCGUCCCUUAAGUUGUAACCAUACCGAUGGAUAAACGAACCCCCCUGAGAUUCCGUAGGCAAUAACUAGCUCAGUGGUGGAACGCACAUUGUGCAUGCAAAAGGGCCCGGGUUCAAAUCUUGAAUCUCCCAUUCCCAAACCCUGGAAAAACACUACCAGUCAUGUAGAUGCUAUUGAUGGGUCUACUAUGGUAUGACCUGGAAUAAUAUGGAAGAUUCGUAUUUGGCACCCGGCCAAGGGAGGUAGCUCUCAACUGGGAAGGAACACAGGGUGACUAUUUAGGCGUUGCCAAAAAUCAGAAGAAAGGAGAACGCAGAUUUGCAUAGCAUUUGCAUAUGUUCGCCGCUUAUUUAUAGUUGGCGAAUUUAGAAGCAGACUAUAAUUUAAAUACAUCUCACCCUGGUGGGUUAGGCUGGGAGCAAGUGACCCUAUGCACCAGCUGAGUCUUGCUGUUGAUGGGCCUUGUGAUCUCUCUUUAGAGUUAUUUACCUUAAAUCAGCCUUGAUCCCUCAAAUGCAUAAGGACACAGGAAGCUUAUAAUGAGGAAGUUGCCUUAAACGGUCUUAUACCAUCGGUCCAUCUACCUCAGCAUCAUCCACACUAACUGGCUCUCUGGGGUUUCAGACCAACAUAUCUCUCAGUCCCAUCUGGAGAUGCCAGGGUUUGAACAUGUCACACGACACAGAUGUUCUGCAGCCCUUCCCUUUUGCAGGACAGUCCUCAGCAAAACAGGACACAUGGGGGGGGCCAACCCUGAAUUAAUCACACCUUCAUUCCUUGCUCCCUGAUAGGCUAUGAUCUGUCAGACACAGCUCCCUAAUUGGCCAGGACAUAUGACACACAGGACGGCCUGCGGCACAGUCUCAUAAUUUCAUAUCAGCCCCCCUGAGAAAGCCGCACGGCGUUGUGCUCUGCGGCUUCUCCUGCUUUGUGAGGUUUCCGCUCACACAUGCCACCUUGCGCCUCCUUUCUCCACGGUGCUUGUUCUGGGAUCCCAGCAGAAAAGAUCAGCGUUUGGAUUUGGGCGCUGUACAAAUGUCCCUGUCACGAACUUUGGCCAUGGCUGCCAUGCGAUUAUUUAUGGCUCCUUUCAGGACGUUGCCUUUUUCUUUAAAAAACAACAACUAAAUAAUCAAAAGCUUGGAGGCAUUCUUCUUCUUCUUCUCUACAAUGGUGCUUUGAGCACCCCCCCUUCCCACAGUGGGGGGUACUGAAGGCUUCAAUGAGGCCACUUGUUCCCGUCCAAGGCCCCUGCGCAGGUCUCCAAAAAGAAGCCCGAAGGAACUCCUGCUGGCUCAAACGAGCGGGCGCUGAAUGGGAACAAGGGGGUUCCUUUGAGCCUUUCUGUAGCUCCAUGGAGAGCUGUCGUGGUGUGAGUAAAAGCCCCUUUUGAGGAGGCGUAAUUUAGAGUUCAGUCCAAGACGGAGGAGGCAAAAUUGAUGAACCUUUUCUAUAAACAGUAUAAAAAGAGAGGUGGGAGGGGUGGGGCGGAGAGAGAGAGAGGGGGAGAUUUGGUCCCCAGGAUUCUGGAAUGUCCUCAUCUCUCUGCCAGGCAAGCUGGUAUUUUGAUUUCCUCAGGCCAGAGGUGGGGGAAGCUUUUCCAGCUCAGGGGCUGCCCUGCCCUGUGGACAGCCUUCUGGAGGCCACAUGCCAGUGGCACGCAGGUGGGAAAAUGUGUGGGGCAACAAACGCAACAUUCACCUUGGUGCAAUGGGGAAGUUUUUACGCACACUUUCUGUCCUCCGCCCAGGCAAGCGAGGGGCAUUAUCAGAGUUCUGUGACCUUCCGCUUGCAGGAUGGCAGACCUCCAUUGAUAGCUGCAAGAAUGCGAUAAGUUCACUGUUCCUUUGUUGUUUUGUUUUAAUUCACAGGCGCUGCAGAGGAUGGGGAUUCCGUCAGCAGGGUACGUGUCUGUCCCUUUGGGUGCGUGUGGAUUGUCUGGGGCAGGAAUGGAUUUGAACGCCAGUGUUAGAUGCUGAGCCAGGUUAUGGGGCAGGAGGGAUGGUCCCAUGUAUUAACAGAAAGAGAUGCAAGUCUUGUCCAAGUCUAAUGCUGGUGCUCAUAGCCUUGAGCAUGUUUGAUGUGAGAAGAACCAAUGACCUUUCUGAUCUUGGAGUUUUGAAUAGUGCAUGUGUGCGUGCAACUUUCUUCACUGUUCCAACGGCCUAUUCUUAUUAAAAUCCUCAUAUUUAAGGGACCGCCUCUCUUGGUAUGCCCCGCAGAGGACCUUACGGUCCAUGAAUAACCAUAGUUUAGAGGUCCUGGGCCCUAAGGAAGUCAGACUAUCCUCCAGAGCCAGGGCCUUUUCAGUGAUGGCUCUGACCUGGUGGAAUGCUCUGUCCCAUGAGACUAGGGCCCUUCAGGAUUUAACCUCCUUCCGUCGGGCCUGUAAGACAGAGCUAUUCUGCCUGGCCUUUAAUUUGAAUUCAGCCUGAUCUUUUAUUUCCCUUCCCUUCUCUUCCCUUCCCCUCCCCUUUUAUGAAGAUUACCCGCUUUGUGACCCCACAGCUAAUUCUCCCCUGGCCUCCUCGCUGGCCCAAGUAGGACUAAUUCAGCCAGCUAGCCCUGGGGAUUAUCUAAGGCUUAUUAGAUGGAUUGCCUCUAAAUUGAUUUCUGAACUUUGAAUUUUAUUGUUAUUCUUGUUUUUAUACUGUAUUUUAUGCUGCUUUUACCAUUAAGUGUUUUAAAUUUGUUGUUAGCCGCCCUGAGCCCAGUUUUUGAACCGGGAAGGGCGGGGUAUAAAUAAAAAAUAUUUUAUUAUUAGUAGUAGUAAACAAAUGAUUUUGUUUGCAGGACUCCGGCUCUGCUGGGGAAGGCGGGAAGGACUACCCAAUGUUCUAUGUCACAACCAUCCUGGUAAGACAGCUUGGCAACUUUUGCGAAAGUUCGGACUCCACAAUGUUGUGGUGUUAUAACGCAUAUCAAAAGUUUUGCCUUCUCUUUACUAAUGUAGCUGAGUCUGAUUGCCCCCAAAUACCCGUUGCUGGAAAUCCUAGGUUGGCAGAGUGCAGUUGCACACAUGUCUGGCUUUUGGGCUUCCUGCAGGCAUCUGGUUGGCCAUUGUAAGAACAAGGUGCUGGACUAAGUUGGGCCAUUGGCUUUUUUUUAAAAAAAAAUAAUAAUUCAAAAUUAUAACAAGACAUAUUAUCCAAAAACGUAUCAUCCUUGUCCCCCCCCCAUUUUUCCUCCCCCCCCCCACAAAACCCCCACCCCCGACGUCCCUCAGUUCCAGUCUUUGGUUUCUCUAAGAAUGCUGUUUUCUGCAUGUUACAAAGUUGUAUAGAUCCUCAAACUAUUUAGCUGAUUAUUAUCAAUAAAAGGUUUGUGAAUGUUUAUUCAAAACCUGCCAAGGGGUCCAGUUCACUUUGUUGCGUCUUCAGAUACUUUGUAAAGGGUUCACAUUCAUCCUUAAAGUCACAGUUAUCCUUGUCCCGUAGCUUAUAUGUCAGUUUUGCCAGUUCUGCAUAGUCCGUCAAUUUUUCUUGCCAUGACUCUUUAGUUGGAGUUUCUUCAGUCUUCCAUCCUUGUGCUACCAGAACUCUCGCGACCGUUGUCGCAUACAUGAAAAUGUUUUUCAACUUUUUUGGCAGGUCUUUCCCUACAAUCCCAACAAAAAUGCCUUGGGUUUUUUAACAAAUGUUAAAUGGAACAUUUUCUUCAAUUCAUUGUAAAUCAUUUCCCAAAUUUUUUUAAUUACCUUACAAUCCCACCACAUAUGAUAAAAUGUCCCCUCCUUUUCCUUACACUUCCAACAUAUAUUUGAAUUAGGGCCAUUGGCUUGAUCCAGCAAGCUUGUCUUAUAGCUGAUGAAAACUUGGCAGUACCUCGCAGGCAGCUGAGGUUAGGUUGACCCAUGAAGCUCUGCCUGUGGUCUUUGGUGGUUCUUUCUUUCACGUGUUGGGGCCCUGGUCAACGCAACCAUGUGCAGACAUGCCUUGUUAGCUGGGUUCCUCUUGCCUCAUCCAUAGGAAAAGCCUUAUGUGAUGGCCAAAGGCGCAGAGCUCGAGGGCUACUGCAUUGACCUGCUGGAGAAGCUCUCCAAAAUGCUUCACUUCAAAUACAAGGUGGGCAUCGUCAAGGACGGGAGGUAUGGAGCGCUGAGUUCCGGAGGAAACUGGUCCGGGAUGAUCGGAGAGAUUGUGAGGAAGGUAAGCUUUCUCCUGAGCAUGUGUGUUGCACAUCUUUCCCAUUGAAAAAGACUACUGCCACUUUGCAGCACUCGUGGAAACUGAUAAAAGGAAAACCUCAUCAGAAGAACAUGUUCUAGCCCAGACAACUUGGGUUUGAUCAGUCUUAACUGGAGUCCAAUAUGGCGGCAGCAGCUAUGCUAUGACCCACCCGGGAAGGCCUCACCACCCGCCCGUGGGUCCUGACCCACUGGUUGAAGAACUAUGGCCUGUACUGGUGGGCAGCGUUUCUCCAGGAAUGGGUCGUUUUUGACAAGGCUGUUGUUUACCUCUGCCAGCCAUUCGUUUUGUAUUAGAAUCUCUGACCUCUAGCGCCACAGUUGCAGAUUUGGACUUGUACAUGUGUGUCUUCUACAUGAAUAACUCUUGGGGAGCCAUGCAAUCUUGCAAAUGGCUCUCUUCCCCUGCCAAUCUGCUGUCUCUCUUAUUAGAAAAUAUUUACUAAAAGAAACAGAUUUGUAGUUUUGCCAUAGACACAGAUUAUGCUUACAUAACUGCCGCAAUGCAAAAAACAUCCCACGAGUGGAUAUUUUCUUAAAGUUUGUCAUUCCAGUAUGUAACGAACAGAGACCGUAUUCCCAUAAAGCUAUUUGGAUGGCGAUUCCGCAUUUCUGUUACGAUAAACUAGAAUUUGUUAAUCCGGUCUUAAUAUUGUCGGGGUAUUGCUUGAUUCCCCCUUCCCCACAAUUUCUUUGCAAUGCAGACUUUUGCUGCUAUUAAGAGAUUUGUUAAAAGUUCUAGAUCUUCUUCUGGGAAUAUACAGGCUGUCUCUGAUACAUUUGUUGGGUUAGUGCAAGGAUUUCCAUUUGCAUAACUUACUCUCCCUCUCCUCUCCCUGUGUGUUCCCCGCACUCUCUCCAAAUCUACUCUGGAGGAUUGGGGUGGGGAGGACCUUGAACAGAUUUAGGAGAGGAGGGAAAGGGGAGGUUCUGUUGUGCAGGCAAAAUACUUUGCACUGAUGGAAGGAAUGCAUCAAAUGCCACUCUAUAUUUUUUUUAAGUAUCCCAAAUAUUUAGGAUCGAAUGACACAUGCAUGGGUGGAUCCUGGAUUUCUGAAGUAGAUCCCCCCAACCUUGAGGGCUGACAACCCCAAUCUGUUGGAUCCCCAUUCUCAGUGUCAUGAUUCUACUUUGGGAAGCUGUGAAAUGCACGGCUAUCGACUGGGAACGAAGAUGGGGAACAGAGCUCUGUGCAUGUGUGUGGAAUCUAAUGGCAUUGUGUGAGAAACAGUCCUCUGCCACCUCUAUCUACCCUUUUGGUAGGAAGCUGACCUGGCGGUUGCUCCGUUGACCAUCACAUCGGUGAGAGAGGAUGUCGUUGACUUCACCCAACCUUUCCUGUACACAGGAAUCGGGAUCUUGCUUGAGAAGGACACUUCCCUUGAGGAGGCUUCCCUCUUCCAUUUCUUGACCCCCUUCAGCAAGGAGACCUGGUGUGGCAUCCUGGUGGCUUACCUGUUCUCUAGCCUUUGCUUGUUCCUCGCUGCCAGGUGAAAUGUCUCUUCUCUCUUCCAGAUGAUAGAAAGGAAGCAGCAGGUGCCCCCCUUCCUUUUUUUAAAAAAAUGGUGAUAAUUGUGCUUGUAAGUUGCUUUGAGACAUUUUUAUGACUAAAGUGACUUAUUAUUAAGCACAGUACAUAUAUGUAAAGACAUGAUAGCCAGACAUAUGGGCAGAGACACAAAAUAUUACCAGUUUUUUAUCACACAUCUUCAGCUGAGGGGAAUGUGGCAAAAUUCUCUUCUCAGGUUGAUAGGACCCCACAGCCUUGAUAAUUUACUGGAUGUCCCUGUAAACACAUCACAAAGCCCAGACACAUCAGUGGAUUCAUAUAAUUAAUAAUAAUAAUAAUAAUAAUAAUAAUGAUAAUAAUAAUAAUAAUAAUAAUAAUAAUUUAUUAUUUAUACCCCGCCCAUCUGGCUGGGCUUCCCCAGCCACUCAUCUGAAGAAUGUGUGGUAAAAUUCUCCUCUCAGGUUGACAGAAGAGGCAUAUAACUUAAACAAAAGCAACAACAACUGGGAUGUUUUACCACAGUAUGUGUAUUAAAGCACAUCAUAGCCCAAACAUAUUGGCAGAUGCAGGAAAUCUCAGUGAUUUUUACCACACAUCUCCACCUGAUGUGUGCAUGGUUAUGUAUUUUUCUAACCUGUUUUGGGAUAUACUGUCUAUAUCCAAAAAGAUGAGCCAAAAGUUCAGAAAUGACUUCACAGCUUUGUUUUAUUUAUUGCUUGGUCCACCUUUUGGUAUUCUAGUUGCAUAUUUCAUGUUUCAUGAAAUACUUUAAAAAACAAACAAAAUGAAAAACAGACACAGAGGGUGAUACAUUUUACUGGGGUGGGUGCUUAAGUUUUUCCCUUCUCUGAUAACAACUGCCCUCCCCAAGGGUGCUUUCCCACCUGCAGUCGCCGACAGAGAGGGCAAUUUUAAACGGGAAAAAAUGGCUGGCACAGAGGAAGAUGGCCCAUUCAGGCUCAUGUGGUCCUGAUCCACCAACUGCAGCCUGCCCCUCACCAGCUGAUCCUUCUUACUCACAGCCAGUCCAAAGAGGCUUCCUGGCUUCCUCCUUAGUCUCAGUUUUGCCUAACAGGGAGGAGUAGGUUGGAGGCAAAAGAUAUAGGAAAUAAAUCAAGCCUGCUGGAUUAUUCCACCCACCUCUUAUAAAGCCAUCCAAAUUGGUGGUUGUGGAGGUGAGUUCCAUAGUUUAGUUCCUUUCACCUGCCAUUGGCUGCGGCUGUACCUGUUCUUGAUUCUGACUCCACCCACUGCUGGGCCUUCUGCCCUAUCACAUCCAGUGGGUGCCAGUCACUGCUGGGCUUGAGCAGAGUUGUGGGGUGAAGCUCCUCCCUUUCCUUGCUCUUGAAUGCUGCACAAACCCAUAGUCUAGGAACAGCCACUUUUCAUCUGAAAAGGAACCACUUGUCUGCUCCUGUGUUGUAAUCCGUGUGUCCACCGGGGCAGGUGAAUGACUGCCUUACCUUUCUUCCUCCCCACUCCAGAAUGAGCCCUUGCGAAUGGGAUGGAAAUGAAGAGACCAGCUUCACGCUCAUGAACAGCCUGUGGUUUGGAGUGGGGGCGUUCACCUUGCAAGGUAGGCCAUAUCAAGAGAGGCACUGGGAGAUUCUCCAAAGUCCCAUAGUUCCAACUGUGCAUGAAGAAGUCCUUUCUUUUGGCUGUCCCAAAUCUUCUAGCAUUCACUUCCAUUGGACUUUUAAGCACUUCUGAUGUGCUUUCCGAUGCUCCCAUGCUCUUGCUUCCUCCCUGCAGGUACCGUGCCCCAACCCAAGUCUCUCUCCGUACGGAUAAUUUCUGCCAUCUGGUGGCUGUUCAGCAUUGUGCUACUGACCGCGUACAUCGCUGGCUUCAGCUUUGUUUUGGAGUCGGGCUCUGAGCAGGUCUCCAUCCAGACCUUUGAAGACCUGGUGAAGCAGGGGCAUCUGGAGUUUGGGACCAUGGAAAGCUCUUCGACACUCCAGUAUUUCAAGGUGGGCUUGGCUAUGUUUGGUUGCCAGGGAUAUCAGCCUGGGGUAAGACAGCAAAAACCAGUUGUAUGGAAACCUUGGCGGACUCUAUACCAAAUGCUGUUGGUAUAGAACAGCCAUAGGCAACCUUGGCCCUCCAUAUGUUUUGGGACUACAACUCCCAUCAUCCCUAGCUGACAGAACCAGUGAUCAGGGAUGAUGGGAACUGUAGUCCCAAAACAGCUGGAGGGCCAAGGUUGCCUAUGCCUGGUAUAGAACAAGAUUUCCCAAACUUAGGUCUCCAGCUCUUUUUGGGUCUCCAGCAUCAUCCCUGACCACUAGUCCUGCCAGCUAGGGAUGAUGGGAGCUGUAGUCCAAAAACAGCUGGAGGCCCAAGUCUGGGAAACCUUGGUGUAGGAUACAAGUUUCUGGGAAUCAUGAGUGCUGAGAGUGCUGCUGCACUCAGAUCCUGGUGACAGGCUUCCCAGUGGGGCAACUGGUUGGCCAAAAUGAGAACUGGAUGCUGGACUAGAUGGGCCUUUGGCCUCAUCCAUCAGUGCUCUUCAAAGGUUCUAAACUGGAAUAAACUUGGGAAUCUAGAGGGCUGCUCCUUUGAAGGGCUCCUUCCACCCGUCUAUGCAUCCCCCAACACAAUUUGUCAUGGUAACAUGUUGCUGUUACUUGUUUUCUUCUUUACCUUUCGUGGCUCCUUAUUUUACUCUGUGGAGAGUCGUACCCAUUUAUGGCACUAUAUAAACGAACAAAGCAAAUGAACAUCGAAAAAUUGAAUGUCAUUUCAAUUUUUGGAGGGUAUAUGGUUGGUCUCAGCCAUAGGAGCCAACUCCUAGGGGCUCAGCUCCCUCUGCCCCCCCUAAAAUAUUUGAGGGGGCUGGGCCUCCCCCCAAAAAGUUGACGGGCAUUGCCAUUCAAAUGGUGUGUAUGCACCGUGUCAUGUGAUUGGUUAUGCAGGGUGGGGCGCACCUAGACUCAGCAAACCACCUGUGGUGGACUGGCCCAUCCAGGUCAAUUCAUUAGAAUUAAAAUCUCAGACGACAAGUGGGCCCCAUGUCUUUGUGAGUCCCAUGCAUGCUCUUCAUAGCACAGGGGUGUCAUUUGCACCUGCUCGCUUUCCCCUGGGAAUCUGGGUAAAAGUAUAAAUAAUCCUAGCCUUGAAAAGCAUGUAGAGCUGAAAGUAGGAAAGACUCUUCCAAAAUCAUCCUUCAGCUCUGUGUAGUUUUCAAGAGAAAAGAAGGUUACUUUCUGCAUCACCUCGUGAUCAAGUGGGGCAGGAAUUGGGGUCUGUGAGUGCCAGGGGAACACCUAAAUGGUACCACUGUAUGCAUGGGUGCCUUGGCAACCCCUUACAUUAUCGAAUACCCUGUGGCUUCUUCGAAUUACAAAGGCUUGUUUGCAUAUGCAAGUGACACGCUUGUGCAAACUGCUCAGCACGUGCUUGUGUAAAUGGCAGCUCUUUUUCAUAGAAUCAUAGUGUGCUGGUCCCGUGGGUAGAUCGAGAGGCGAGGUCCAAGUCCAGUCCGAGGUCGAAGGAGCAAUAUGGAGGCAGUCCGUAAAAGCUGAGGCUGGGUGCAAGGGAAGGUUCAGGCAGGAACUGGCGGCCAACAAUGUUGCUUCCAUAACUUGGGACUGGGGCUGGCUGGCUUUUAUCUGCCCCGAGGCAUAGGGCGGCCCUGGUCCUCAGGUGACACGCCUCUCUUGGCCUGGAGGCAAGCACUCCUCCUGCGGGAACUUAGUUCCCUCCGCCUCUGCAGCUCAGGAGAGGCUGGAGGGUUAUCGGACCCAGAGGCAACCUCAGCUUCCUCUGACGGGGCUGAGAGUGGAGCACCUGCAGGCAAUGGGUCCUCCAUUACCUCAGGAGCCAGAGUAGACUCAGCUGAUGCCUGCAGCUGAGGAUCCAGCACAGGUGAGGACCCUUCAGGCUCAUGCCCCAGCCCCGGCUCAGCUGGUUCUGGAGGCGGGGAAUCCUGUGCAGGCUGGGAUCCCUCAGGUUCAGCAUCCGACUCCGAAUCCCAGGCCAUCACACAUAGAAUUGUAGAUUUGGAAGAGGCCCUGGGGAACGUCUGGUACAACCUCCUCCAAUGCAGGAAUGAAUAUGCAGCUGUCCCAUAUGGGGAUCAAACCUGCAACCUUGGCAUUAUCAGCACCAUGCUCUUACCAACUGAGCUAUCCAGGAAGCUCUUCCUAAUGUGAUCCACUUGUGGCUGCAGAACUCCAAGAACCCGAUCCAGCAGCUGGUCUACGAGUCCAUGAACAAGAAGAAGGACACCGCUUACGUAAAGAGCUACCAGGAGGCAGUUCAGCGCGUGCUGGAUUCGAAUUAUGCUUUCAUCGGAGAGUCCAUCUCUCAAGACCUUGCUGUUGCUCAGCACUGCAACCUGAUCCGCUCUCCAGAGGUCAUAGGGGCAAGGGGGUUUGGCAUCGCCACACCAAAAGGUAAGCCAACAAGAACCAAGAAUUGGACCUGAGAUGUUUCAGAUCACAACCUGAUUGUCUUAAGCCAGGGCUAGGGAAUGUUUUUCAGACAGAGGGCCACAUACACUCCUGAGCAACCUUCCAGGGGCCGCAUAUUAAUGGCAAGUGGUGCCGGAGGCCUUAGUGGGCAAAGCAAAAUGUUCCCUUUCUAGAGUAGGCUAGUUUUACCCAUACACACAUAUUUCUGUUCCCUUUCCAAGCAAGCAAGAGGCACAAUCAGAGUUCAAGGACACAUUCCAGCCAGGCCAAAACACUCAAGAAGGGUGUGAGUCAGGGCUGGUAAAGGAUGUUGCUAAAAAGGAGGUAUAGCCUGGGGGGGGGGGGAAUCCAACUGCCUGAUAGCAAGGCUUGGAGGGCCACAUUUGCCCUGUGCUAGGGGUUCCUCAACCAUCUUCAGCAGCGGUUCUGACUUUUGUUCUUGCAGUGUGUCCCAUUUCUUUGGCAUAUGCCUACCCAGUCUUUGGGUAGAAUUUGGUGAUUCAUUGUUGUUGUUGUUGUUGUUGUUGUUGUUGUUGUUGUUAUAUUUUUUUAAUGCUGUGUUGCUUUGUAUUAGGGCCAACUGAAAGGUAGCAAGUUGGCUUUUGGGGGCACACCCAACUAAGUUCCCAUCAGAGUUAGAUCAAUUUAAAUUAACGGACCGUAAUUAGUGAUGCCCAUUAACUUCAGUAGGUCUGGCAGGGCUGGCAUUGGCUCCAACCCCUUUGAAUUCACUUGGAAUCUUCUUCAAUCUGGAUGUGAAGCUAAAAAAGGAAAAUAAAGGAGGGCGGGGAGGGUAGAAUAAACCUUGCUAGGUGUGAUGGAAAAGUCAGUAGCUUAAGAUGGAACAGAGGACGAGGUAUCAUGCAGACUUAGGCCCCACCUGCAUUAUACAUUAUACAUGUAGAGCAGCAUCAUGCCACUACUGGUUUCUCCCAAAGAAUCCUGGGAAAUGUAGUUCGUUAAGGGUGCAGGGAGUUAUUAGUAGUUCCUCUCAGAGCUACAAUUUGCAGAGUAGUUUAAAAGGCAGUUGCUCUUCCCAGGCAACUCUGUGGAUAUGGUUCUGCUUACAACUCUCAGAACCUUUAAAAAACUACAUUUCCCAGGAUUCUUUGGGGGGGAGCCAUAUUUGCCACCAGUGGUAGGAUACUGCUUUAAAUGUCCAUUGCAGAUAGGAGCCUUAAAUCUGGUGAAGUAUGCAUACAGUUUCCACCAAAAGCUCUAAGGCGUUUCCCAAACUUGCGUCUCCAGCAGUUUUUGGAACACAACUCCCAUCAUCCCUAGCUAGCAGGACUAGUGGUCAGGGAUGAUGGGAACUGUAGUCCAAAAACAGCAGGAGACCCAAGUUUGGGAAACACUGUUCUAAGGGACUAUGAAGCACAGGGGCUGCUGUUUCUUUAGGCUCAUAGUUCAAAUGGGCCUCAUAGAAUCAUAGAGUUGGAAGAGACCACAAGGGCCAUCGAGUCCAACCCCCUGCCAAGCAGGAAACACCAUCAGAGCACUCCUGACAUAUGGUUGUCAAGCCUCUGCUUAAAGACCUCCAAAGAAGGAGACUCCACCACACUCCUUGGCAGCAAAUUCCACUGUUGAACAGCUCUUACUGUCAGGAAGUUCUUCCUAAUGUUUAGGUGGAAUCUUCUUUCUUGUAGUUUGGAUCCAUUGCUCCGUGUCCACUUCUCUGGAGCAGCAGAAAACAACCUUUCUCCCUCCUCAAUGUGACAUCCUUUUAUAUAUUUGAACAUGGCUAUCAUAUCACCCCUUAACCUCCUCUUCUCCAGGCUAAACAUGCCCAGCUCUCUUAGCCGUUCCUCAUAAGGCAUCGUUUCCAGGCCUUUGACCAUUUUGGUUGCCCUCCUCUGGACACGUUCCAGUUUGUCAAUGUCCUUCUUGAACUGUGGUGCCCAGAACUGGACACAGUACUCCAGGUGAGGUCUGACCAGAGCAGAAUACAGUGGCACUAUUACUUCCCUUGAUCUAGAUGCUAUACUCCUAUUGAUGAGGCCCAGAAUUGCAUUGGCUUUUUAGCUGCCGCGUCACACUGUUGGCUCAUGUCAAGUUUGUGGUCAACCAAGACUCCUAGAUCCUUUUCACAUGUACUGCUCUCAAGCCAGGUGUCCCCAUCUUGUAUUUGUGCCUCUCAUUUUUUUGCCCAAGUGCAAUACUUUACAUUUCUCCCUGUUAAAAUUCAUCUUGUUUGUUUUGGCCCAGUUCUCUAAUCUGUCAAGGUCGUUUUGAAGUGUGAUCCUGUCCUCUGGGGUGUUAGCCACCCCUCCCAGUUUGGUGUCAUCUGCAAAUUUGAUCAGGAUGCCCUUGAGUCCAUCAUCCAAGUCGUUGAUAAAGAUGUUGAAUGAGACCGGGCCCAAGACAGAACCCUGUGGCACCCCACUAGUCACUCUUCUCCAGGAUGAAGAGGAACCAUUGAUGAGCACCCUUUGGGUUUGGUCAGUCAGCCAGUUACAAAUCCACUGAGUGGUAGCAUAGUCAAGACCGCAUUUUACCAGCUUCUUUACAAGAAUAUCAUGGGGCACCUUGUCAAAUGCCUUGCUGAAAUCAAGGUAGGCUACAUCCACUGCGUUCCCUCAUCUACCAGGCUUGUAAUUCUGUCAAAAAACGAGAUCAGUUUAGUCUGACAUGACUUAUUUUUCAGAAAUCCAUGCUGACUAUUGGUGAUCACAGCAUUCCUUUCUAGGUGCUCACAGACUGUUUGCUUAAUGAUCUGCUCCAGAAUCUUCCCUGCUAUUGAUGUCAGACUGACUGGGCGGUAAUUGUUUGGGUCCUCUCUUUUCCCCUUUUUGAAAAUAGGGACAACAUUUGCCCUCCUCCACUCUGCCGGGACUUCGCCUGUUCUCCAGGAAUUCUCAAAGAUGACUGCCAGUGGUUCUGAGAUCACAUCUGCCAGUUCUUUUAAUACUCUUGGAUGCAGUUCAUCUGGCCCUGGAGACUUGAAUACAUCUAAACUAGCCAAGUAUUCUUGUACUAUCUCCUUAGUUAUUCUGGGCUGUGUUUCCUCUGCUGAAUCAUUUGCUCCAAAUUCUUCAGGUCGGGCAUUGUUUUCUUUAUCGGAGAAGACUGAGGCAAAGAAGGCAUUGAGGAGUUCAGCCCUUUCUGUGUCCCCUGUUUGCAUUUCACCAUCUUCUCCUCUGAGUGACCCCACUGUUUCUUUGUUCUUCCUUUUGCUACAAACAUACCCAUAAAAGCCUUUUUUGUUGCUUUUAACCUCUCUAGCAAGCCUGAGUUCAUUCUGUGCUUUAGCUUUUCUGACUUUGUGUCUACACGUGCUGGCUAUUUGUUUGAAUUCCUCUUUGGUGGUUUCCCCCCCUUUGCCAUUGUUUGUACACAUCCUUUUUAAUCUUAACUCAGUUAAAAGUUCUUUAGAUAGCCACCCUGGCUUCUUUAGGCACCUUCCAUGUUUCCGUCUCAUUGGUAUUGCCUGACGUUGUGCUUUUAGUAUCUCCCUCUUAACAAACUCCCAGCCAUCAUGAACUCCCUUUCCUUUUAGUAUUACUAUCCAUGGGAUCUCGCCCAGCACUUCCCUAAGUUUUAUGAAGUCGGCUUUCUUAAAGUCAAGAAAUUGAGUCCUAGUAUGCUUGGCUGCUCCUUUCCGCUGUAAAGUAAACUUCAGAAGAGCAUGAUCACUCGUGCCUAAUGAUCCUUCCACUUCCACCCCACUAACCAGGUCAUCAACAUUGGUUAGGACCAGAUCUAAAAUGGCUGUUCCUCUUGUUGCUUCUCCCACUUUCUGGACAAUGAAGUUGUCUGCAAGGCCAGUGAGGAAUCUGUUUGACCUUAUGCUCUUGGCUGAGUUUGACAUCCAACAAAUAUCCGGGUAAUUGAAGUCCCCCAUUACUACUAUCUCCCUUCCUUUUGCAUGCUUGGCCAUCUGUUCCAGGAAGGCAUCAUCUAUGUCCUCCGUUUGGCUUGGGGAUCUAUAGUAAACUCCCACAAUGAGGUCACUGUUAUUCUUCUCUCCCUUGAUUUUGACCCAAAUGCUCUCACUUUGGCUUUGAGGUUCUAAAUCUUGGAUCUCUUCACAGGUAUACACAUCCCUGACAUAUAACGCCACUCCUCCUCCUUUCUUGUCUGGUCUGUUUCUCUGAAAUAGAUUGUAUCCCUCCAUUAUUACAUUCCAAUCGUGGGACUUAUCCCACCAGGUUUCAGUGAUGCCUAUUAUGUCAUAUUUAGUUUGCUGUACCAAGAGCUCAAGCUCAUCUUGUUUAUUUCCCAUGCUUUGUGCAUUCGUGUACAGACAUUGAAGUCCAUUAAUCAUUCCCCGUGUCUCUUAUUUAAGGAUUUUUCCUCCCACCACUAGGUCUGCGUGCUGUUUGCCCAUUUGGUCUAUGACAUUUGGAUGAUCAUCUUCAUCAAUUGAUAGACUCCUACCUUCAGGAGCACUGUCUCCCUCCCCACACUAGUCAGUUUAAAGCCCUCCUGAUGAGGUUUCUGAGAUUUUGGCAAAAACAUUUCUCCCAACCGUUGUGAGGUGCAGCCCAUCGCUUGCCAGAAGUCCAUCUUCAAGAAACUGCAGUCCGUGAUCUAAGAAUCCAAACCGUUCCUGUUUACACCAUUUGCGAAGCCAGCUGUUCACUUCCACUAUUUUCCCUCUCUCCCUGGGCCACGUCGUUCAACUGGGAGGACAGAUGAGAUGACAAUUUGUGCAUUUAAUUGCUUCAAUUUCCUGCCCAGAGCCUCGUAGUCUCUUUUGAUCUUCUGGAGGCUAUUGCUUGCAGUGUCAUUGGUUCCCACAUGAACCAAGAGGAAGGGGUAUUUGUCAGUGGGUUUUAUGAUUCCUUGCAGUCGUUCAGUUACAUCUUGGAUCUUAGCCGCGGGGAGACAGCACACUUCCCGAGACAUCUUGUCAGGCCCACAGAUCACUGCUUCUGUUCCCCUCAGUAGGGAAUCCCCUAUCACCACUACACGCCUCCUCUUAGGUUUGGUCGGGGUUCUUCCGUGAGCUGUCCGUUCCAAGGUCGCCUGCACAUUCCCUGAGGACUGACUUUGCUGCUCGUCUUCAUAUACCUGAUCGACUGUAAUGAGGAGAGAUCCUCAAAUGGAGUCUGCUCUUCGUCUUCCAUGCUAGGGGAGAGGACCUCAAAGCGAUUGUGUAUUUCUAAACAAUCAGAGCGAACCCUGGGCCUCCUACUUCUUUGAGUCACGUUUCUCCAUAUAUCUGGCUCCUGUGUUGGUGAACUAGCCUCCUUCUCAGGGGAGUCCCUUGUCUCCUCCUUGGUGGAGGAGGACAUAGGACAUCUAGUCCUUGCUGGUUCAGGUAAACUACUGCUUCAGCAUCCCCAAUGGGUGACCUUCCAGUCCUUACUUUGAUAUAUGUAGCGAAGGAGUGUCUACCACAGGCUGCCCUCUAGAUGUUAUUGGACUACAACCCCUCUACCAUUCCUGACUGUUGACCCUGCUGGCUGGACUGAUGGGAACUGGAGCCCAACCAAUAUCUAGAGGGGACUUCCAUCUUCCAAGGAUUGGUGGCCACCAACCUGGAUGGCUUAAAAAGUGGGUUAAGCAAAUUCAUGAGGAAUUGAACUGCUAACCCUGAAGACUAUGCUCUGCUUCUACUGUUGGAGGCAACAGCCCUCUGAAUGCUGGGAAUCUCAAGUGGGGAGAGUUGCUAUUGCACUCAGGUCCUGUUUGCAGGCAUCUCAGAGGCAUCUGUGGGAACAGGAUGCUGGGCUAGUUGGGCCACUGGCUUGAUCUAGCAUGGCUUUUCUUAUGUUCUUAUGGCAGUCUGUUCCACAGUCAAACGCUUUUUGUACUGCCAGGAAGUUCUUCCUGGUGCUUAGUUAAAACCCCUUCCAUGUAACUGGAAUUUGUUGGUUUCAGGUCCUGCCCUCUGGAGAACCACAAUUUUGCUUUGCCCAUUGAUGACAAAGCCCAUCAAAUGCUGAAAACAUCAACACCAGCACUUAUUUGUAUCUGCUUCAAGCUCUAAUUGGAACACAUGGGAAUCUUAAUGGAACACCAGGAGAUAUUCUAAGGGUGGCUGGCCUUUUUUUUGCUGAGCUAUAGUCAACCUUCUGGAUGUCAAAGCAGGCUUGGCAAAAGUGAUGAAGUGGGUGUGGAGAGUUAGCUUGUUGUCUGCUUGACACCUUCUACUCACUUAAGUACAGAAUUGGGCUUUUUCGCCAUCUUUCUCUCUCCCCUUCUUGCCCCCACCCUUUGGCUUAUCACCCAGCGUAAAUGAAUAAUUGACAUAAAACCCAAGGCUUGUUCUCUGUUUUGUGGCAUUGGAGUUGGGUCUUGCACUUCCAGUACUGCGUAGAAAAUGACACCGAGUUCUUCAUCCCGGUUCUGCUUUCACUUUUUAUAAAAGUAGCGCAAGGAUAAUUUGGAAAAAAAGUUGGGGGGCAAUACCUGGUAAAACCAGUCGCGAGGUCUAUGGCUAGUAGUUGAACAUUGCAGAUCGUUUUUGCUGAAGAUUAAAUAAACCAAAACCUAAGGGGGGGGGGGGAAUAAUGGGUUUAGGAUAAUGAAUGCAAACUAAACAAGUGUUGCAUUUUAUUAUUGACUUUGCAUUGCUUACUCUGUUUCCAAAACCUCUCUUCCGCCCCACCCACCCCCUAUCUCAAAGAGUGGGGAAUUUGUAUCAUGAAAAUCAAAUGUGACAUGGAAGGAACAUAAAGUGUGGAAGCUGGGAGUAAUAGGGCUAUAACAGCCGUGGGGCAAUAGCUAUGGGAGUGUUAGGAGGUGACCUGAAGGCAAAAUCCCAGACCGCGUUGCUCAGCCUUGUGAUGGCCAUCACAGCUGGCAUUUUCAAGCAGAUGUCCACAGUACUCAGGACUAGUAGCCUGCCAAGGCAUGGUCAAGGAAGCAAAGCUGCUCAACAGAGCCAGUUUUGAAGCACCUUAGAGCUAGACAUCCUGUGGCAAAGCCACCUUGUGUUCAAGAAUUGGGACCAAGGGUUGCAUAUGGCUAGACUAAAAGUGUGCCACAAACUCUGAAAAGGAGCAGCCAUCUUUUUAUGCUUGCUGAGUAAAGUGCUUGAGAUUUUCUUGAAACGGUGGUUGUUGAUGCUACAUCUAAAAUCCUUGUGUGAGUGGGAGAGCAGACUGAUAGAACGUAUACCUUAUCUAGUUUCUAGCCUGACAUUUGGGUGCACAUAGCCAUCUUCCAAGCUUUGCCUGUAAAUUGUUUAAGGCUGGGCUGGCCUAAAUGGUGACUGCAGACAUUGCUGGAUUUCCAUCAGGUCAGGGGUGAUGGGAAUUAAGCGUCUGGAGGGGGCACCAGGUGACCUACUCCUGGGUUAAGCCAAGAAGUGAUGACCCUUCUACUAAUCCGUGUCCACUCCUAGGAUCCCCCUGGACUAACGAACUGUCCGUGGCCAUCUUGAAGCUCGGAGAAUCUGGCGAUCUCGACUACCUCAAGAGCAAGUGGUGGGAGAGCAGCUGCUCCGACGAAGAUCACGACAAGUGGAGCCCGCUGAAGCCUCAAGCGCUGGGAGGGAUCUUCCUCUUCCUUGCCCUGGGCCUUGCCUUGGGAAUGGUCAUCGCUGUGAUUGAGCUAUCCAAAAAGAGCCGGCACACUGCAGAUCAGGAGAAGGUGAGUUGCACGCUGGAUUUCUUGCACUGAAUAUCAGUGCAAUGCUUAUCAUCCAUUAGGAUGUGGUCAGGGGCUCCAUAUAUUUGCAGGGUUACCUGGGAGAACAUGUUUUACUUAUGCGAUGUGGGUGGCCAAUAGGUUUUCCCCUUGCCUUGAAAGAAACUGAAUAAUUUAAACCCCUGGGGGGCUUCCAGGAUAUUGUGUUGUGCGUAGGAACCAUUUCUUUGCACUUUCCUCUUGCCAAUGGGGAGGGAUGAGCACUCCUCAGAGCAGGAGAUGUUCCUGAACAACAACUCCCAUCAAGCAUGGGAAAGGAUGAUGGGAGUUGCAGUUCAGCAAUGCCUGGAGGGCCAAAGAUUCCGCACACCUGCUUCAGAGGGCUGGAAUUGACCCUGGGGGUCUUCUGUAGUUUUCCUCUAUUUUAAACAAGGUUUAAAGGAUGCUUUUAAACUGGAUCCUUUACUAAUAUCCUUCCCAGCACAUUUUCCAGAAAUUUCAUUUUAACUUCAGGAAACCCCUCAACUGGACAAGUGAGAAGUCCUUGUGUGUCAUCGAGCAUUUGGGGGCAGGUUUUAGGGCAGAAAAUCUUCCAACUUUUUCAGACACAAGCUCCACCUCUAACUCCCAAAUGCAACUUGUUUUUGUUUUUAAGAACAUAUAUUUGCAUGGCAGUAGUGCUGCUGUUGUGAGCAGAUCACCUGACUCAAUGAGACAAGUGCCGGGAGCACUGGUAAAUCUGAUUUCCCCAUAACUCCCUACCACUAGGAAAGCAGAAUUUGCCAGUGCUCCUGGUGCUUGGUUCACAUCCAUAGUAGGAUGUUUUGUGCCACAAGCAACAUGUGGGGGAAAAACUACCUUCCAGCUCAGGAGUGACGCCUCUGAUCUCCCAUGGGCAUUUCCCAGCCUUCCUACCUGAUAUUGCUUUUGACAAGAUGGCAGGGAUUGCACCUGGUGGCUUGCUCAUGCAAAACAUGUCAUCUUACCCCUGAGCUAACUGCCCCCUCCUUAUCCCCCCACUCUACCGAAUUCCCGCAGUGUUUCAGCUAAGUCACACAAUGCACAAAGAUGUGCAUUGAUCUGUUGCUCUCACACUGUUUCCUGCGAGGCUUUCAGUGCUUGCCACAUACCCAGAAAAACAACAUUCCAUCACACGCUAAGGGUCAUGUGAACUGACCUGCCGCUGCGUUUUUAUUUCCAAUGAAGGUGCUCAUUAGGGAACAUUGCGACUUUUCUUCUACUUUUUUUUUUAAAAAAAAAAGAUUUCCUGCAGGACGUUCUUUUGCCAAUUGUGGGGUUCCCUUGCGAAAUGUUUAUUACGAACCGUUUUUGUACCACCAUCAAUCACCUCCAACUGCUCAGCAAACCUUAAUGAGAGUUUGUAAAGGAAAUCAGCAGUUUCUAAUUGACAGGCCUCCCAGCCUCCUGUUGUCACAGUGCCCUUCCCUCUCACUUUACAGAUGUUCACAGUUAGCUGAUCGCGACACAGCAAUGUAUCAUAGCCCACUUUUCUUGUACUAGAAACUUAAUGGCUUAUCAAAAGAAAAGAAAAAGUAAUGCACGUGUGGAAUUUCUGAUUUACAUUUAAACUCUUUGAGGUGGUGCUUCAGUCUGUGGCCCUCCAAGGUCUCAUUCGAUUUCCAGCCCCGAUCAGCAGGCCUAAUGGUCAGAGAUGAUGCGAGUUGGGAGACCAGCAAUAUCUGGAGGGGCACAUAUUUCCCCAUCCUUAAGGGGAAGGGGAAAAAGCACAGCACUAUCAUUCUCUCUGCCUUUCCUUGUGUUUAGAAAUCUUGCUGCGCCGUGUUCACCAAGGAGCUGAGCCAACGCUUCCGGCCGAGAGAAGGGACGCCGCAAGAGAGUGCAGGGAAAUCGAAGCCAUGA